UUUCCAUCAUCUCUUUGAUGAUUUUCUAGGAAAUACCGUAUACGAUACUCCGAAGCACCAUACUAAUUUCAAUAACUUAAUAAAUCUCUUUCAUUUAAAGUAUGCGUUCUCUUUCUUUGAUAUAUUAUCAAACACUCAGCUUCUUUCUCUUCUUUUGUACUUACAAGUUACAAGUCCAUUGUUAGUGCCUCCAGAGAAACACAGAAACAGAUGGAGUGUAUCAUGACUAUCUUGAAAAUGUGCUGCAGCUGGUUAACAUUUUCUUCUCCGUCAUCUGCUGCAGCUGCUGCUGCUGGUGAUGACGAUGAUGAUGGUACUGAAUCUAGUAUCCCCCCUCGUCCGGAAAUGUAUGAUGUAUUUAUCAGUUUUAGAGGUGAGGACACCCGCCGUGGCAUCACCAGCCAUCUUCAGCAGGCCUUGGAGCAGAAGAAAAUUGAAACCUACAUAGAUUACAGACUUCAGAGAGGAGAAGAAAUCGGACCUGCCCUUCUAGAGGCAAUCGAGAAAUCCACGCUUUCGGUGGUCAUUUUCUCACAAAACUAUGCUUCAUCCACAUGGUGUUUGGAUGAACUUGUGCAUAUACUCAAAUGCAAGAAAAAAUAUGGCCAGAAGGUUAUACCCGUAUUCUACGACAUCGAUCCAUCUGAUCUACGAAAACAACACGGGAGUUAUGCAGAUGCAUUUGCUCAACAUGAAAAGCGAUUCAAGGACAGACUCGACAAGGUGCACAAGUGGAGGGAUGCUUUGAGGACGGCAGCCAAUCUAUCUGGCUUUGAGUCCCAAAAAUAUGGGACGGAUGCUGAUUUGGUUAAGAAAGUUGUAGAGGAUAUUUCGACCAAAUUCUAUCAUGAAUCAUCAUGCAAUUUAGAAGGCCUGGUUGGAAUUGAAAGCCGCAUCGAGAAAAUUGAAUCGCUAUUGAGCAUCCAUUCACAGGAUGCUUGCAUCACUAUAGGUAUUUGGGGCAUGGGUGGUAUUGGCAAAACCACCCUUGCUAGAACUGUAUUUGACAAAUUCUCUUCUAAAUUUGAAGCUUCUUGUUUUUUUGGAAAUGUUAGGGAGAACUCAGAACAAACAAAUGGACUAGAUCACUUGGAAAAGACACUUCUUAAAGAGAUAUUAAAGGAAGAAGGUCCAUCCAUAGGAUCAACUUUUGUUCGAAAUAGGCUCAGCCGUAUAAAGGUCCUCAUUGUUCUUGAUGAUGUGAGUGAUUCAAUGCAAAUGGAACAUUUAGCUGGCGAGCGUCUUCGGUAUGGCACUGGAAGUAGAAUCAUUAUCACAAGUAGAGAUAGGGCCACACUGAGGCAAACUGUUGAAGAGGAUAAGAUCUACGAGGUUAAGGGAUUAAAAGAGGAUGAUGCUCUUCAGCUUUUCUAUUCGCGUGCUUGCAAGAAUAACAAUACUCUUAGAACGGAUUAUAUGCAGAUGGCAAAAAAGGCAGUGGAUUGUGCCGGGGGCAAUCCUUUAGCUCUUAAGCUUCUGAGGUCCUCACUCUUAAAUUGCAAGGGAAAAGAAGACUGGGAAGAUGAAUUGGACAAAUUGAAAGCAUUUCCCAACGAAAAGCUCCAUAGAGUGUUGAGACUAAGUUAUGAUAGAUUGGGAAGAAAUGAAAAGGAGAUAUUUUUGGAUAUAGCAUGUUUUCAUAAAGGGAAGAAAGUGGAUGAGGUAGAAAAAAUGUUAGCUAUCCGUGGACGGUUUGCGACAAUCGGAAUUAGAGUUCUCGUUGAUAUGUCUCUCAUAUCAGUUUGUCAAGGUUAUGUUUAUGAAACCAUAGAGAUGCACGAUUUGAUACAAGAAAUGGGAAGGGCAAUAGUUCAAGAACAAUGUAUUGAAGAUCCUAGUAAACGGAAAAGGUUGUUCACUGAUGAAGAUGUCAAUUGUGUACUAGAGAGUAACACAGAAACUCCAAUUGUUGAAGCCAUACGGGUUAAUUGGCUUAAGAUUAAAGAGCAGCGAUCGAAACGUGUAGACUUCAAAAAGAUGUGUAACCUAAUAAUGCUAAUUGUGGAGGAGUUUGGUAAUUACUGGGAUUUCACCAUUUCUCUAGACCUUCCCGAUUCUAUUCGUUAUCUUUACUGGCCUUAUUAUUCAAUGGAACCUUUGCCUUCAAAUUUUUCUCCCGAAAAUCUAGUUGAGCUUCAUAUGCCAUUUAGCAAAGUUAAGAAGCUCUGGAAAGAAGACCGGAUACUUGUGAACUUAGAAGUGAUCGAUCUGGCAUGCUCUGAAAAUCUUACUCAAGUUCCAAAUCUCUCUAGGAGUCUAAAAAUUGUGAACAUAAAUCUCCGUGGCUGUACAAGGGUGGUUGAAAUACCUUGGUAUAUUCAACAUCUUGACAAGCUUACUCAUCUUGAUCUUAGAGGCUGCACCAGUGUCAAGUGUCUUCCAGAGAUGCCAGGAAAUAUUCAAUACUUAGAUUUAUCUUACAGUGGUAUAAAGGAGUUGCCCGAAUCAGUUUGGUCUAACGAAAAUAUUUCUUACUUGAAUAUUAGCUAUUGCAAAGACCUUGAGAAACUUCCAAGCAACAAGUGUAAGGUGAAACUCUCUAAUUGGUUUAGUCUAUGGGGCUGCACAUCUCUUCGCCAGUUUUCUGAGCUUCCCAGGGACAUGAGAUACUCAAUGACGCAAUUGAGUAUAAAAUGAUAUCUGAACUUGUAUAAAUUUCUCCAAAUCAAUUGUGUCACUGCGUAGAUUUAGAAUGGUGUAUGCUGCUCAUGAAUGGAUUGGAUUACAUCAUAGUGUGGUUCGAAUUGCAUCAAGUGUACUUGGUUUGAACCUUAUAAGCUAUUUGUAAUAGACGGUUAGGAUUAAAACAUCUAAACGAAGGAGAGUGUCAUUUGUCCUAAGUUUGUUAUAUUGUUUAAGUGACACCGUGAGCUGCACAUGAGCUUGCUCACACAAGCAAAGCGUGCGAGCUCUAACGGUAUUAUUUUGUCA